ACUGGCUCCCCAAGCGAAUGCUUUCGUACAAGAGACGAACACUUUGCUGUGCUAUACUCACCUCUCUCUCUCUCUCUCUCGCGUCUCCCCGCUCCGUCCUCUCUUUCCCCCCCUUCAGUUUCCCCUCAUCCACGUCCGUAUCGUCUCCCGAUGUCCCUUCUCCCAAACUUUCAGAUAUCCAUUCCGCUUCCCUUUGUGCUUCACAGAUCUAUUACUUCCCAAGUCGCCUGCCUGCCUGCUUGUCCCUGUGUGUGUUGUUGUAUGUAUGUAUGUAUGCGUCGGUUUUUUUUUUUUUUU